AUGGACGUUAAAUCGUUCCUGCAUUCCUGGUGUGCUAAACAGGGUAUAAAUCCGGUGUUUGAUAUUCGUGCCACUGGGCCCAAGCAUAGGCAGCGGUUUCUCUGCGAGGUUCGUGUCGAAAACUAUAGUUACGCCGGUGUGGGCAAUUCUACCACGAAAAAGGAAGCACAAGCUAACGCGUCAAGAGACUUCGUGAAUUAUCUUGUAAGGAGUGGACAUGUGCCGGCGUCAGAUGUUCCCACAGAUACAAGGUUUAAAGUGGAAGAUGAGGGGGGGCAGGACCAAGAAAACAAUGAUUCUCAAGAGCAUAGACCCGUUUUUCAGGAUGGUAUGGGACCACAAAGUAUGGGUCCAGCAUACCAAGCAUAUGGCGGUCAGAGUCAAAACUUCACAUACAUGGACCGUAUGCAGCAACAAAAAAAUGUAGAAGAAGCAGAAGACCUAGAUGUGAAUGCCAGUUUGCAUGGCAAUUGGACAAUGGAUAAUGCUAAGUCAAAAUUGCACCAAUUCUUGCAAGUCAGCAAGAUUAAUGCUGACUACUCUUAUAAAGCGGUUGGUCCUGACCAUACAAGGAGUUUUUGCUGUGAGAUGACGAUAUUCGUUCGUCAAUUGGGACGUAAUGUAACCGGCCGUGAAACCGCGUCGAACAAGCAGACAGCAAGCAAAUCAUGUGCGCUUUCUAUAGUGAGGCAGCUGUACCAUCUGGGUGUGAUUGAGGCCUUUAGUGGAACACUGAAGAAGGAUAGGUCUGCAGAAGGUAUUAUGAAACCACUGCCGGUGGCUAUUAGCCCCGAACUGGAACAACAGAUAGAAGAAGCUUUGAACGAUCUAGAGAUCGUGCCCGUGAACGUGGAUACAGCUCCAAAAGAUGACAGCGAUGAGUCCGGCGCCGUGACUUUAUUGCAAGUCGAUCGUGUAAAGGCGAUGCGGGAAGCCCGCCCUAUGCCAAGCGGAGUAGUUUCUUGGUCGCCUCCACAAGCUAACUGGAAUGCAUGGACGCAGUGUAAUAUUGACGAAGGACCGCUUGCAAACACGGGUCUAGAAGAAAUUAGCGCUGAUUUAGAAAAACUAUACAAAGAUGUUAAUCAAAAUAGUACAUUGUACCAGGAAAGUUUACGAGAGCGGGAACAGUUGCCUGUGUUCGCAAUGAGGUCGACAAUCAUGGAAGCUAUCAACGAGAACCCUGUUAUUAUCAUUAGGGGCAACACCGGAUGCGGGAAGACAACUCAGGUAUGCCAAUUUAUCCUGGAUGACUAUAUAGCGAGUGGGCAAGGCGCGUGGGCCAAUAUAUUCGUGACUCAACCGCGACGUAUAUCAGCUGUCAGUGUGGCUGAGAGGGUCGCCAACGAGCGUUGUGAAGAUCUUGGCAAUAGUGUGGGGUACUCGGUGCGUUUCGAAUCAGUAUUACCACGUCCAUAUGGCUCCAUUUUGUUCUGCACCGUUGGAGUACUACUGAGGAAGCUGGAGGGCGGCCUGAGAGGCGUUAGUCACGUGCUUGUCGACGAAGUGCAUGAGCGAGAUGCAGAUACGGAUUUCGCGCUGAUUCUCCUUCGAGAUAUGGCUCACACGUACCCUGACUUGAGAGUGAUCCUCAUGUCAGCCACUGUCGAUACCACACUCUUCACCAAUUACUUUGGCAACUGUCCCGUCAUAGAGGUACCUGGUCGCACGUAUCCAGUCCAGCAAUAUUUCCUGGAAGACAGUAUAGAGAUUUGCAAGUUUUCACCUCCUCCUGACACACGCAAACGAAAGGCAUCUGGCAAGAAAGCUAACAAGGAUGAAGAGGAAGACGAUGAGGAAGGUACAGCAGCAGACGAGCAAGAAGAGGAUUUAAACAAACAUUGUCAACUCGGUGAGAACUACUCGCAACAGACUGCACUAGCAAUGGCGCAAAUCCCUGAAAAAGAUCUCAGCUUCGAACUAAUCGAAUCCAUACUCCUGUACAUCCGCGAGUUACCUGGAGAUGGCGCUGUGCUUGUAUUCCUACCGGGAUGGAACCUGAUCUUUGCACUAAUGAAGCACCUUUCCCAGCAUCGUGUGUUGGGAGACACGUCCAAGUACAUCAUUCUACCUCUCCACAGCCAGAUACCCAGGGAAGACCAAAAGAAAGUAUUUGUUACGCCACCACCAGAACUAACAAAAGUAAUCUUAUCAACCAAUAUAGCAGAAACGUCGAUCACUAUAAACGAUGUUGUGUACGUGAUAGACUCCUGCAAGGCAAAGGUGAAGUUGUUCACCUCGCACAAUAACAUGACGUCGUACGCUACCGUGUGGGCAAGCAAGACCAAUUUAGAACAGAGAAAAGGUCGUGCUGGCCGAGUCCGUCCUGGAGUUUGCUUCACGCUAUGCUCCCGGGCCCGCUUCGAUCGUCUGGACGAACAUCAAACUGCUGAAAUGUUCCGCACACCGCUACACGAGUUGGCGCUUAGUAUCAAGUUGCUCCGCUUGGGCAGCAUCGGCCACUUCCUGUCGAAGGCACCGGAGCCCCCUCCUCUAGAUGCUGUCAUCGAGGCAGAGGCGCUGCUGCGAGAGCUGGGCUGUCUCGACGCUGAGGACGCGCUCACACCGCUCGGGUCCAUACUCGCCAAACUGCCCAUCGAACCCCGGCUCGGUAAGAUGAUGGUCCUCGGCUUCGUGUUGGGCGUGGGAGACGCGCUUACCACAAUGGCCGCCAACUCUACAACAUUCCCGGAGAUAUUCGCACUUGAAGGACGGAGACGUUUGUCUUUGCAUCAGCGAGCUUUAGCCGGUGACCGCGCCUCUGAUCAUAUAGCCAUGUUGAACGCUUUCCAGAUGUGGGAGAGAGAACACUCCAAAGGCGAGGACGCAGAGCUACAAUGGUGCGAGUGGAAAGGCAUACAGCAAACCACCAUGCGAGUCACUUAUGAAGCGAAAUACCAACUUACAAAUAUUUUAACGACUGCCAUUGGAUUCCCUGAGGAGUGCUGCGUACCCCAGCGCUGGGUGCCAACUGGUGAGGACCCUAUGUUGGACUUGGUCGUUGCUCUCAUGUGUUAUGGACUGUACCCCAAUGUGUGUCUGCAUCAGGGAAAGAGGAAGGUCUUAACCACGGAAGGAAAACCAGCGCUUUUCCACAAGACCUCGGUGAACUCUAGCAAUCAAGAGCAGCGAUUCCCAUCACCUCUGUUCGUGUUCGGCGAGAAAUUGCGCACGCGUGCCAUCAGUUGCAAGCAAACCACCAUGGUGGCGCCACUGCACCUUUUGCUGUUCGGGUGCAGGAAGGUCGAAUGGGUGGAGAACGUGGUCCGGCUGGACAAGUGGCUGAACUUCGAGAUGUCCCCUCGCGCGGCGGCGCUGGUGCUGGCGCUGCGCCCCGCCGUGCAGGCGCUCGUGGAGCGCGCCGCCGCGCAGCCCGACACCGCGCUCGACUACUCGCCCGCCGAACAGAAGGUUAUAAACUGUGUGAAAGCUCUCUGCGCUAUGAAUGCCGGUGAUCAUAAUAUUCACCGAGAGGCCGGCACUCCAAUUUACAGCAGACCAGAUGGCGCUAAACGAGGUGGUACUAGAGGUUGGGGUACUACUGGACCUCGCGGCGGGAACCAAGGAAGCUUUGGUGGCAUUUCCGGCGGGAUCGGCAGCAACCAGGGUGGAUUUGGCAGCAACCAGGGUGGAUUUGGUGGCAACCAGGGUGGUUUUGGUGGGAACCAGGGCGGUUUCGGUGGCAAUCAAGGAAGAUUUGGAGGGAAUCAAGGUGGCUACAGGGGCGGGAAUCAAGGUGGCUACAGGGGCGGGAAUCAAGGCGGAUUUGGUGGCAACCAAGGUGGCUUUGGUAGGAAUCAAGGCGGAUUUGGUGGUAAUCAAGGCAGUUUUCGUGGGACUUCAAGAAAUUUUGAAGACAAUCAAGGCGGUUAUGGUGGCAACCAAGGCGGUUAUGGUAGCAACCAAGGCGGUUAUGGUGGCAACCAAGGUGGAUUUGGAAAUAAUAACGGUUACGGUAAUCGUGGUCGUGGAUUUGGAAGAGGGCGAGGACGUGGUUAUUGGCGCGGUACUUAA